AUGGGUAGCAAACGUAAAUCAUCAUUGUUCAAUCGUUGGAAACAACAAAAUAGAAAUGAACAAUUUGAAGGUAUAACAGAGGAUGAAAUGAUUGAAUAUAAAGAAGCAUUUCAUCUUUUUGAUAAAGAUGGAAAUGGUUCAAUAUCGUCAAAAGAACUUGGCGUUGCGAUGCGAUCACUUGGACAAAAUCCGACAGAACAAGAAUUGUUAGAUAUGGUUAAUGAAGUGGAUAUCGAUGGUAGUGGUACCAUUGAUUUUCCGGAAUUUUGUCAAAUGAUGAAACGAAUGAGUAAGGAAAAUGACAGUGAAAUGAUACGUGAAGCAUUUCGGGUAUUUGAUCGAGAUGGUAAUGGAUAUGUUACAGCUGAAGAAUUUCGAUAUUUUAUGACUCAUAUGGGUGAACAAUUCAGUGACCAAGAAGUAGAUGAAAUUAUGGCUGAAGUUGAUAUUGAUGGUGAUGGACAGAUUAAUUAUGAGGAAUUCGUGAAAAUGAUGACAGCCUAG